GUGGAAAUGAACCUCCGGGGAUGCAGGGCUCCUCCGCGCCACCCGCUGGCAUCUCCAAGAAGCGGCUCACCAGCCCGCAGCUGGUACUGAGCCCCGGUCCUUCGCUCAUCGCGAGGCUCCGCCUCAUGACGUGGACCCCGCCCCCAGCGCCCGCUUCCAAGAUGGUGGCGGCGAUGUCAGCCCGGCUGUUGGGGUGCCGGUGACGACGGGAAGUCGACCAGGCUUGGUGAAAGGUGGCAAAGGUAGAGAGGACGCCACCCCCACCCUACUCGGGUCACGUUCUAGGGCUGUUUGCUUGCAGUUCGCAGGUGGUCACGUUCUUUGCACCCGCGGAGGAGUUCCCUGUCACUUUCCCUCACUUCCCCUAACCGGAAAGCUGCUUCAUCCUGAUCUUGAUCUCUGCUCAUGCAUCCUUGACCUCUUCUGUUCCGGCUGGUCCCAGAUUUGCUGUUGGAAUGCCUAUCUCGGUCCUCCGUGACAGUUCUAAUUUUAGAUAAUGCCUCACAUCUCUGCCCCCCGGGAACCCCCUGGAGCCCUCAUGAUCCGGAAGAAGACAGCUUGAAAGCAGAAAUCCUCUCUCUCCCUUUCCAGCCUUCAAGUCAGAAUGUUGCGGAGAUUGCUGGAGAGGCCCUGCACAUUGGCCCUACUUGUGGGCUCCCAGCUGGCUGUCAUGAUGUACCUGUCACUAGGCGGCUUCCGAAGCCUUAGUGCCCUAUUUGGUCGGGAGCAGGGCCCAACAUUUGACUACUCUCAUCCCCGAGAUGUCUAUAGUAACCUCAGUCACCUGCCUGGGGCCCCAGUAGCUGCAGGGGGUCCCCCAGCUCCUCAAGCUCUACCCUACUGUCCAGAAAGAUCACCUUUCUUAGUGGGUCCUGUGUCAGUGUCCUUUAGCCCAGUGCCAUCACUAUCAGAGAUUAUGGAGCGGAAUCCCCGGGUCGAACUAGGGGGCCGGUACCGUCCUGCAGAGUGUGAGCCCCGUUCCCGAACAGCCAUUAUCGUGCCCCAUCGUGCCCGGGAGCACCACCUGCGCCUGCUGCUCUAUCACCUGCAUCCCUUCUUGCAGCGCCAGCAGCUUGCAUAUGGCAUCUAUGUCAUCCACCAGGCUGGAAAUGGAACAUUUAACAGGGCAAAGCUACUGAAUGUUGGGGUGCGGGAAGCCCUGCGUGAUGAAGAAUGGGACUGCCUGUUCUUGCAUGAUGUGGAUCUCUUGCCAGAAAAUGAUCAUAAUUUGUAUGUGUGUGACCCCCGGGGACCCCGCCAUGUUGCUGUUGCCAUGAACAAGUUUGGAUACAGCCUCCCGUACCCGCAGUACUUUGGUGGGGUCUCAGCACUCACUCCUGACCAGUACCUGAAGAUGAAUGGCUUCCCCAAUGAAUACUGGGGCUGGGGUGGUGAGGAUGACGACAUUGCUACCAGGGUACGCCUAGCUGGGAUGAAGAUCUCGCGGCCCCCCACCUCUGUGGGACACUAUAAGAUGGUGAAGCACCGAGGAGAUAAAGGCAAUGAGGAAAAUCCCCACAGAUUUGACCUCCUGGUCCGUACCCAGAAUUCUUGGACACAAGAUGGAAUGAACUCAUUGACAUACCGAUUGCUGGCUCGAGAGCUGGGACCUCUCUAUACCAACGUCACUGCAGACAUUGGGACUGAUCCUCGGGGUCCCCGGGCUCCCUCUGGACCCAGAUACCCACCUGGCUCCUCCCAGGCCUUCCGGCAAGAGAUGCUGCAGCGCCGGCCCCCAGCUAGGCCUGGCCCUCUGCCUACUGCCAACCACACAGCUCCCCGUGGUUCACACUGACUCCUCCUUGCCCACCUGAAUCAGAGAGGUUGUAUUCCCCCACCCUCAGCUCCUCACUGCUCUCAGGGGGCUGUGGGGGAAACUAAAACUUUAGUGCUAUGUUGGGGGGCGGGGACCUCUCCUCACUGCUAGACUGGAGCUGGGCUCCUCUAGACCUGGAGGUUCCUCUUUCUAGGGGUCACCUGCCAGGGCUUAUGACUGUGAAUCCUUGAUGUCAUGAUUUUAUGUGACGAAUCCUGGGAGUCCUCUACCCCCAGGAGUAGGAGCAGGGCUGGACCCCAAGCCCCUCCAUGGGGCUUCAUCUGGGACCUCUGUGAAUAUUUAUUCUAUUUAUGGUUCCCAAGAAGCUGUCUGGUGAAGGAAGCCCCUACCUGGGCACUUUCUGCCAGUACUGGAGUAGUUCCCUCUUCUGGUUUUGGCUCGGGGGCUGGGAUUUUGAUAUCUUUUCUAAUAAAGGACUUUGUCUCA